UCAAAAAGAUGAAAGUGCUGGUACAGCAGGGUUGGUUGGAGGGUGAGAAGAAGGAAAUAGUGACGAAAGACGGUCAUUUUUAUAGCUUCAAAGGAGUGCCUUACGCCGCACCUCCGACAGGCAAGCUAAGGUUCAAGGCGCCCCAACCGCCAAUACCAUGGGAUGGUGUGCGAAAAGCCACACAACACGGGCCCAUAUGUCCGCAGUACGACUUCUUUGCCAGCAAAUUCAUCGAAGGCAACGAGGAUUGCCUGUAUCUUAACGUGUACACUCCAGAGCUUCAACCUCCUAAACCGCUACCUGUCAUGGUGUACAUCCAUGGCGGUGUCUUUAAGAGCGGCUCAGGAAAUGAUGAUCUUUUUGGACCAGACUUCUUAGUCAAGCAAGGAGUCAUACUAGUUACAGUUAACUAUAGACUCGAGGUCUUAGGCUUCCUGUGCCUGGACACUGAAGAUGUACCAGGUAACGCAGGAAUGAAAGAUCAAGUAGCAGCGCUUAGAUGGAUAAAGAGUAACAUAGAUAGAUUUGGUGGCGAUCCUAACAAUGUAACACUUUUUGGCCAAAGCGCCGGCGGGGCUGCCACAGCCUACCAUGUGCUAUCUCCUAUGUCAAAAGGAUUGUUCAAAAGGGCUAUAGCAAUGAGUGGAGUACCUAAUUGCGAUUGGUGUGAAAAUUUUGAACCGAGAGAGCGUGCUUUCAAACUUGGUAAGCAAUUGGGAUUAGAUACAGACGAUCCGGAUAAACUUCUUGAAUAUUUUCAGAGUCUUCCUGUAGAAAAAUUGACAGACACUGGUCCUUGCUUGUUCGCUUUUGAGGAUGUGUUGAACAUGGAGGCUGGAAAAACGAAUUUUUUUGUCCCCGUAGCAGAAAAAGAUUUCGGUCAAGAAUCCUUUUUAAACGAAGACCCGUUCGAAGCACUCAAAGCAGGACGAGUUAAUGAGGUAGACUUGAUGAUUGGCCAUACCAGUAAAGAAGCUCUUUUUAUAGUUGGUAUGGCUCAAGCAGACUACAUGGCUCGAUUCGAAAACUGGCCAGAACUAUUGGUCCCAAAAAGGGUUUCAUACAAUGUUCCACAAAGGAAAAUUUUGGAGUUGGGCAAUCGAAUCAAAGAGCAUUAUUUUGGGAAGAAAAACACUCCCUUGUGGUACGCCGAAAACAUUUGGCGUUUCUUCGCUCAAGUACUCAUCCACCCUCAAUCUCUGAUACCUGCCAUUAUCAACGAAAAUGCUGUUAAAGAGUUCGUUAAUUACUUUUCGGAAACUGGAUUCACGUACCAUAUUCAAAGAUUCGCACAACGCGUACCAAAACUGAGGAACACCAAGAGGUAUUUCUACGUAUUUGAUAUGCAGUCGGACAGGAACUUUUUCGCCCAGCGGGCAGUGAUGGAAUUCGGCCUCACCGGCGCCUCGCAUAUAGAUGACUGCCUCUACCUGUUCCAAGCCAAUGCGUUACCUUUGAAAGUGGACACGCAAUCGAAAGCAUACAGUUUGAUACAGAAGACCUGCCUGCUAUUUACUAACUUUGCCAAAUACGGCGACCCAACCCCAGACGCGUCGCUCGGCGCCCGUUGGCCCGAGUACGAUGCGCGAGAGCAGCGUUACUCGUACUUGCGCAUUGCGGACCAACUGUUCGUAGGCGGCCAUCUUGACGCGGACAUGGUGGACUUCUGGAGAGGCGUGUAUGAAGAUGCCGGCUUCGAGUUUUAGAAUAGGGUACUUACU